AAAGUAUAUAUCUUACAAUACUAUAUAAUAUAUUCAAUGUUGUCUAUAUUAUUAAUCAGUUUAAUUAAUACUUCUUUCCACUGAGCAAGAGCAAUUGAAACGUUUCGAAAUAAAUAAAGUUAGUACGAAGAAUAGUACAUAUUUAAAAUAAUAAAAUAUCUUUUUUAUAUAAGUUACUACUUCAGAUUUGUUUAUUAAAUUGGCUAUGGAUUCUCCUACAGUUGAUGUUCAAUUUCCUGAUCGAAAACUUGAUACAAUAUGUUUAUUUGAUGUUGAUGGAACAAUAACAAUGCCAAGACAAUUAAUCACACAAGAAAUGGACGAUUGUUUACAAGCAAUUCGAAAAAAGUGUUUAGUUGGACUAGUUGGUGGAUCAGACAUCGUCAAAAUAGCUGAACAAAUUGGAGGAAUUAGUGCGAUCUCAAAGUACGAUUAUGUAUUUGCUGAAAAUGGCCUUGUAGCUUAUAAACAUGGAAAAUUAUUUUACGAAGGAAGUAUUCAAGCGUAUGUUGGUGAAGAUAAUUUACAAACAUUUAUUAAUUACUGUUUGCGUUAUUUGUCUGAUAUAACCUUACCAUUUAAACGAUUUAUCAAUGGAACAUUUAUUGAAUUUCGUAACGGACUUAUUAAUGUGUCACCAGUGGGAAGAAACUGUUCUGCAAAAGAACGCGAUGCAUUUACCCAAUAUGAUUUGGCAAAUAAUGUUCGCGGUGACAUGGUAAAACAUUUGAAAGAAAAAUUCUCACAUAUGGGUCUUGUAUUUGCAAUUGGUGGCCAAAUUAGUAUUGAUGUAUUUCCAGAUGGAUGGGAUAAACGAUUUGCAUUAAAACAUCUAGAAAAGGAUAAUGUUAAAACAAUAUAUUUUUUUGGAGAUAAAACUUUUAAAGGUGGUAAUGAUUAUGAAAUAUUUCAUGAUGAACGAACACAAGGUUAUACUGUGACGAGUCCCGUAGAUACCCGUGCACAUUUAUGGGAGUUGUUUGGUAAUGAAGCAAAGCAGUGA